UAACUAUUUUACUGUCAGCAAUGGCUGUGUACUGCCCCUAAAAUAGUAAGGGUAAAAUCGGAGUUCUGUGUUUAGCCACCUCUCUCUCUCUCUCUCGCGCAACACAAACAAUGGAAGCCGUUUACGACUCUGAACGGACAAAGGAAAUGGAUCAGCAGAAGCAGCAGAAGAUGAACAAAAUUAUUUGCAGAUCCGAAGUCAUAAACCUUCUCAAAGCAAUAGAUCUAGCCAACAUGCUUCUUCAGAUCUCUGAUCCUAUGCAUGGAGAUGUUAUCAUUCUCACUUUGAGGCAUCCCAGAACAGUUCGAAGAAGGGUCAGUUUCAUUCCAAAUAUCAAACUCCUUGUCGGAUUCUCCAUCUUCAUUUCAGAAAUAUUUUAUGUUUCCAUCCACAAUGAACCCAUGAACCAGGAGGAGAGGGCACUUUUGAUCUUAAUGCUUUUAAUUGGUUCCAUGAUUUUUAUUCUAUUGAUUGAGAUAUCACAGCUGAUUCCCCAUAGACUAGCAGCAAUAGAAGAACGAAGGCUGCUCCGUCUAGUUGGGUGGAUCCAGGAAGCCCUACUUAUUACAUUGUCUGGUACCAUGAUUUACUGGAAUUUGAGAACACCAGUGGAGCCACCAGUGAUUAUUAGCUAUUCUUUUGUAUAGUGUUUAUUCCAGUUGUGCAUGUUGUAAUUCUAUGGCUGAGUAUUCAUUUAGAUGGCUUAAUUUGCAAGUAAUCGAGAAUGAUAUUAUUUGUGUGUA